AUGUUGAGAACUUUAUACCAAGUUCGUCAAAAUCUUCCUCGUUACAUGCAACGGUCAUUCGACAAGAGAAUUGCCGAAUUCCAAGUCUUUAGUUACGGAUAUGACCAAGAUGAAUACAUUGACGAGUUCGGAGACAACUGUACAAAAUGGUUUGAAUGCUAUACGACAACACAAUUUGAAUUCGACUUUCUCGAAUUCAACGCAGCAACCAUUCAUAUCAUUGCUCUUUACCUUUCCGAACAACAACAAGACCUCGCAGAUGGAGAUGUUGUUACUGUCGUCAUGGAAACUCCUGAACAAUUCGGAAAAAAGAAGUCUCUAAUUGCCAAAUUUGUUCCAGGACAUCAGCUUUUCCAACGCACAGAAGUCUUCUGUAUUCCUGGAACUAAGUUCUUUGUCAGGAGCGAACUCAAAGAAAGAUAUAAUGUGUCAUUCAAUUACACAUUAUAUAAUGUUUUCGACCCAGAAGAAGGCUUCUUCCCAGAAGCAAUGGAGGAAGAAGAAGAGGAGGAAAUACAAGACUCUAUCCAAGAAGAGUCCUCCGAAUUCACACCAGAAGACUAA